UGAAAAUUCACAUGCAUUUGGUCUCCAGAUGGUGGCAAACAUCAAAACCAUUCGAGAACGUUCCUCCUCCGCCUCCGCUGUUACCAUCAGCCCAGGACAUGGACCCGAAGAGACGAUACGGGACAAAGACAAGGCAGAGAGGAAGAGGAAGGCUGAGAUGGCUCGGCUACGGAGGGAGAAGAUCAUGGCCCAGAUGUCCGAGAUGCAGAAACAUUUCAUCAAUGAGAACAAAGAACUUUUCCAGCAAAGUCUAGAAGA